AUGGAUAAUAUAUCUUCAUUCGGCGCUUGUAAUUAUUUCCUGGGAAAGCUGUUGGUUGAAGGAACGUCUAUAGUUGCUGAAGUACUGCGGCUUGCCGAUUUCAUCCCACCAGAGUUCAAGGUUUUUGAAACUUUCAAAUUUAAUUUUUAAAUUUCUUAUUCAGGAUCCUACUAAAUCGAAGUUCAAGCCUUUUAUUCUUGAUUUCACUUAUUUUUCGAAGGCUCAGCAGCUAGAAAUUCAGCUUUCCAAUGAAGAGGUUGAAAUAUUUUUUUUGGAUUUGUGUCUAAUUUUGAGGCUUUUCAGACACUUCAAGAUUUGUUUUACGCCACUCACGGACCGCUUCUCAACCGUUUCGAGUUAUUUUUCCAAGCCGUAGCAAAUUAUUUAAUUAGUUUCAAUGAGUUCAGAGAUUUUAUGAAAGCAAUCAUUUAUUUUUUGGGCUUUAGGUAUUGCGAAAAAGUGUCAAAUGACAAGAAUUCGGUGGGUUUUGAUCAAGAAACCGAGUUGGAAGUUCAAUGUCUGUACACUUGUGGCUUGAUUGUGCUGUAUAUCGAGAAAUAUCUGCCCGGAACUUUGAGGGAACGACUUUAUAUCGCUAUUUUUCGAAACAGGUUGGAUUGAAGGUUGAGAAUUGUGUGAGGGUUGAUAUUUUUAGUGACGAUCGGAGUAAUGUCGAAUUUUUGGUGGAUUUUCUGCGGGUUGCUGUUGAGAACAAUGAUACCUUGUUCAGGUGGGAGAUGAACUUCAACAAAAAAAAUGAAAAGGAAAUUUUGACAUUCUUACCGCACUUUACUGUUACAGACGUCGUUAAAUAGCUCUUCUUCGAUUUUUUUUUUUCUAAUUUGCGCUGUACAAACACCGGCAAAAAGGAAAAUCAAUACUGGAAUUUUUCCCAAAAUUUAUAUUCCAACCUCAUUUCUCGUUAAUUUAUAUAAAAUAAUAAAAAUCGCUUUGAAUAAAAAUUAGGAGCUCAAUUCGGUUCAAAAAAAUCAAUUGCAAUCAGUUUUAAACGCAAUUUUUUUAAAAAAAUCAACAUCAAGAAUGUAGAAAAAAAGGAAUGAAAAAUAAUUAAUUUGAAAUUGAAAAAAAGUUCAAAUUUGAGCUUUUUUUGAAACGAAAAAAAUUUUUUUGAAAAAUGAGACAUUUUUUUCUUAAAUUUUGUUGAAUUAUAUUUUUUUAUUUCAGGAGAGCUCUGAAACACGAAAAAUUUUGUACAAAGAUGUAUAAAUGUCCUGGAAGUCGACCAUCGGGAUGUUAGUUUUUUUUUUCUCAAGUUUCACAAUUUUUUCCAAAUGUUCGCAUUUCAAAAGCGUACGUUAUUUUGGAAAUAAUUCUUCGUUUUCUUGGUAUUUUUUUCUAUAUUUAAAAAUCGAAUUUUUAAGGAUUUCGGCUUGAUUUAUUGUGAAAUGAAUAAACUGAUGAUGAUGAUGAUCGUACGAUUAUUUUCAAAUUUCAAUGAUUCGAUUUUUUUGAAAAAUUUUCAGAAACUGUAUUCUCAAUUUUCCGAAAUUCUAUAAGAUAUUGUUCAUAAAUCGAGUUGCCAAUCAUAUUUUUUUUCAUAAAAAUGCCUUGAUUUCAUUUUUGAAUCGAAGGUUUUGAACAGAAAUUUAGUGAAAAAAAUCCCCCAAAUUCCUCUUUUUCUACGGGAAAAAUUAUCAAUUUUCGAUUUAUUUUUUUGAAAUUUCACAUGAUGCGGUGGUCACGUGGUGUAAGGUGAUGAAUUUCAACCUGAAAAUUAUGAAAUUUUUAAAGGUUUAUCUUUCAAAAUAACGUUCCAAAAUGAUUUUGCGACAUGUCACGAAAAAGGGAUAUUUUUCAUAUAAUCCGUGGUUCUUUCAAAAAAAAUUUUCAGCCUAAAUCAAGAGUUUUGAAGGAAAAUUAGUGAAAAAACCUCCAAAAUCUCCGUUUUUUAGGUCUCAGCAUGGUUCAGAGGUCACGUAGUGUAAUUUGAUAAAUAGGAACCCAGAAAAACUUCAAAAUUUCAAGAUUUCCGUCACAAAAUGCUUUUUCAAGUCAAUUCAAGCCAUGAAGAACCGAACAUUUUUCCAGAUAAUCCGUGAUUUCUUCAAAAAUUAAUUUUGUUCCUCUCAAAAUCUUCAAUUUCAGCGUCCUCCAAUCAAAAGUUUUUCAGGAAAAUUAUUGAAAAAACCUCCAAAAUCUCCGUUUUUUUAAAUCUCAACAUGGUUCGGAGGUCGCGUAGUGUAAUUUGAUGAACCGGAGCCCAGAAAAACUUCAAAAUUUCAAGAUUUCCGUCACAAAAUGCUUUUUCAAGUCAAUUCAAGCCAUGAAGAACCGAACAUUUUUCCAGAUAAUCCGUGAUUUCUUCAAAAAUUAAUUUUGUUCCUCUCAAAAUCUUCAAUUUCAGCGUCCUCCAAUCAAAAGUUUUUCAGGAAAAUUAUUGAAAAAACCUCCAAAAUCUCCGUUUUUUUAAAUCUCAACAUGGUUCGGAGGUCGCGUAGUGUAAUUUGAUGAACCGGAGCCCAGAAAAAAACUUCAAAAAUUUCAAGAUUUCCGUCACAAAAAUGCUUUUUUUCAAGUCAAUUCAAGCCAUGAAGAACCGAACAUUUUUUUCCAGAUAAUCCGUGAUUUCUUCAAAAAAAUUAAUUUUGUUCCUCUCAAAAAUCUUCAAUUUCAGCGUCCUCCAAUCAAAAAGUUUUUUUCAGGAAAAAUUAUUGAAAAAAACCUCCAAAAAUCUCCGUUUUUUUUAAAUCUCAACAUGGUUCGGAGGUCGCGUAGUGUAAUUUGAUGAACCGGAGCCCAGAAAAAAACUUCAAAAAUUUCAAGAUUUCCGUCACAAAAAUGCUUUUUUUCAAGUCAAUUCAAGCCAUGAAGAACCGAACAUUUUUUUCCAGAUAAUCCGUGAUUUCUUCAAAAAAAUUAAUUUUUGUUCCUCUCAAAAAUCUUCAAUUUCAGCGUCCUCCAAUCAAAAAGUUUUUUUCAGGAAAAAUUAUUGAAAAAAACCUCCAAAAAUCUCCGUUUUUUUAAAUCUCAACAUGGUUCGGAGGUCGCGUAGUGUAAUUUGAUGAACCGGAGCCCAGAAAAAAACUUCAAAAUUUCAAGAUUUCCGUCACAAAAAUGCUUUUUCAAGUCAAUUCAAGCCAUGAAGAACCGAACAUUUUUUUCCAGAUAAUCCGUGAUUUCUUCAAAAAAAUUAAUUUUGUUCCUCUCAAAAUCUUCAAUUUCAGCGUCCUCCAAUCAAAAAGUUUUUUUCAGGAAAAAUUAUUGAAAAAAACCUCCAAAAAUCUCCGUUUUUUUAAAUCUCAACAUGGUUCGGAGGUCGCGUAGUGUAAUUUGAUGAACCGGAGCCCAGAAAAAAACUUCAAAAAUUUCAAGAUUUCCGUCACAAAAAUGCUUUUUUUCAAGUCAAUUCAAGCCAUGAAGAACCGAAAAUUUUUUUCCAGAUAAUCCGUGAUUUCUUCAAAAAAAUUAAUUUUGUUCCUCUCAAAAUCUUCAAUUUCAGCGUCCUCCAAUCAAAAAGUUUUUUUCAGGAAAAAUUAUUGAAAAAAACCUCCAAAAAUCUCCGUUUUUUUAAAUCUCAACAUGGUUCGGAGGUCGCGUAGUGUAAUUUGAUGAACCGGAGCCCAGAAAAAAACUUCAAAAUUUCAAGAUUUCCGUCACAAAAAUGCUUUUUUUCAAGUCAAUUCAAGCCAUGAAGAACCGAACAUUUUUUUCCAGAUAAUCCGUGAUUUCUUCAAAAAAAUUAAUUUUGUUCCUCUCAAAAUCUUCAAUUUCAGCGUCCUCCAAUCAAAAAGUUUUUUUCAGGAAAAAUUAUUGAAAAAAACCUCCAAAAAUCUCCGUUUUUUUAAAUCUCAACAUGGUUCGGAGGUCGCGUAGUGUAAUUUGAUGAACCGGAGCCCAGAAAAAAACUUCAAAAAUUUCAAGAUUUCCGUCACAAAAAUGCUUUUUUUCAAGUCAAUUCAAGCCAUGAAGAACCGAACAUUUUUUUCCAGAUAAUCCGUGAUUUCUUCAAAAAAAUUAAUUUUGUUCCUCUCAAAAUCUUCAAUUUCAGCGUCCUCCAAUCAAAAGUUUUUUUCAGGAAAAUUAUUGAAAAAAACCUCCAAAAAUCUCCGUUUUUUUUAAAUCUCAACAUGGUUCGGAGGUCGCGUAGUGUAAUUUGAUGAACCGGAGCCCAGAAAAAAACUUCAAAAUUUCAAGAUUUCCGUCACAAAAUGCUUUUUUUCAAGUCAAUUCAAGCCAUGAAGAACCGAACAUUUUUUUCCAGAUAAUCCGUGAUUUCUUCAAAAAAAUUAAUUUUUGUUCCUCUCAAAAUCUUCAAUUUCAGCGUCCUCCAAUCAAAAAGUUUUUUUCAGGAAAAAUUAUUGAAAAAAACCUCCAAAAAUCUCCGUUUUUUUAAAUCUCAACAUGGUUCGGAGGUCGCGUAGUGUAAUUUGAUGAACCGGAGCCCAGAAAAAAACUUCAAAAAUUUCAAGAUUUCCGUCACAAAAAUGCUUUUUUUCAAGUCAAUUCAAGCCAUGAAGAACCGAACAUUUUUUUCCAGAUAAUCCGUGAUUUCUUCAAAAAAAUUAAUUUUGUUCCUCUCAAAAAUCUUCAAUUUCAGCGUCCUCCAAUCAAAAAGUUUUUUUCAGGAAAAAUUAUUGAAAAAAACCUCCAAAAAUCUCCGUUUUUUUAAAUCUCAACAUGGUUCGGAGGUCGCGUAGUGUAAUUUGAUGAACCGGAGCCCAGAAAAAAACUUCAAAAAUUUCAAGAUUUCCGUCACAAAAAUGCUUUUUUUCAAGUCAAUUCAAGCCAUGAAGAACCGAACAUUUUUUUCCAGAUAAUCCGUGAUUUCUUCAAAAAAAUUAAUUUUGUUCCUCUCAAAAUCUUCAAUUUCAGCGUCCUCCAAUCAAAAAGUUUUUUUCAGGAAAAAUUAUUGAAAAAAACCUCCAAAAAUCUCCGUUUUUUUUAAAUCUCAACAUGGUUCGGAGGUCGCGUAGUGUAAUUUGAUGAACCGGAGCCCAGAAAAAAACUUCAAAAAUUUCAAGAUUUCCGUCACAAAAUGCUUUUUUUCAAGUCAAUUCAAGCCAUGAAGAACCGAACAUUUUUUUCCAGAUAAUCCGUGAUUUCUUCAAAAAAAUUAAUUUUGUUCCUCUCAAAAAUCUUCAAUUUCAGCGUCCUCCAAUCAAAAAGUUUUUUUCAGGAAAAUUAUUGAAAAAAACCUCCAAAAUCUCCGUUUUUUUAAAUCUCAACAUGGUUCGGAGGUCGCGUAGUGUAAUUUGAUGAACCGGAGCCCAGAAAAAAACUUCAAAAAUUUCAAGAUUUCCGUCACAAAAAUGCUUUUUUUCAAGUCAAUUCAAGCCAUGAAGAACCGAACAUUUUUUUCCAGAUAAUCCGUGAUUUCUUCAAAAAAAUUAAUUUUGUUCCUCUCAAAAUCUUCAAUUUCAGCGUCCUCCAAUCAAAAAGUUUUUUUCAGGAAAAAUUAUUGAAAAAAACCUCCAAAAAUCUCCGUUUUUUUAAAUCUCAACAUGGUUCGGAGGUCGCGUAGUGUAAUUUGAUGAACCGGAGCCCAGAAAAAAACUUCAAAAAUUUCAAGAUUUCCGUCACAAAAAUGCUUUUUUUCAAGUCAAUUCAAGCCAUGAAGAACCGAACAUUUUUUUCCAGAUAAUCCGUGAUUUCUUCAAAAAAAUUAAUUUUUGUUCCUCUCAAAAAUCUUCAAUUUCAGCGUCCUCCAAUCAAAAAGUUUUUUUCAGGAAAAUUAUUGAAAAAAACCUCCAAAAAUCUCCGUUUUUUUAAAUCUCAACAUGGUUCGGAGGUCGCGUAGUGUAAUUUGAUGAACCGGAGCCCAGAAAAAAACUUCAAAAAUUUCAAGAUUUCCGUCACAAAAAUGCUUUUUUUCAAGUCAAUUCAAGCCAUGAAGAACCGAAACAUUUUUUUCCAGAUAAUCCGUGAUUUCUUCAAAAAAAUUAAUUUUGUUCCUCUCAAAAUCUUCAAUUUCAGCGUCCUCCAAUCAAAAGUUUUUUUCAGGAAAAAUUAUUGAAAAAAACCUCCAAAAAUCUCCGUUUUUUUUAAAUCUCAACAUGGUUCGGAGGUCGCGUAGUGUAAUUUGAUGAACCGGAGCCCAGAAAAAAACUUCAAAAAUUUCAAGAUUUCCGUCACAAAAAUGCUUUUUUUCAAGUCAAUUCAAGCCAUGAAGAACCGAACAUUUUUUUCCAGAUAAUCCGUGAUUUCUUCAAAAAAAUUAAUUUUUGUUCCUCUCAAAAAUCUUCAAUUUCAGCGUCCUCCAAUCAAAAAGUUUUUUUCAGGAAAAUUAUUGAAAAAAACCUCCAAAAAUCUCCGUUUUUUUUAAAUCUCAACAUGGUUCGGAGGUCGCGUAGUGUAAUUUGAUGAACCGGAGCCCAGAAAAAAACUUCAAAAUUUCAAGAUUUCCGUCACAAAAAUGCUUUUUUUCAAGUCAAUUCAAGCCAUGAAGAACCGAACAUUUUUUUCCAGAUAAUCCGUGAUUUCUUCAAAAAAAUUAAUUUUUGUUCCUCUCAAAAUCUUCAAUUUCAGCGUCCUCCAAUCAAAAAGUUUUUUUCAGGAAAAUUAUUGAAAAAAACCUCCAAAAAUCUCCGUUUUUUUAAAUCUCAACAUGGUUCGGAGGUCGCGUAGUGUAAUUUGAUGAACCGGAGCCCAGAAAAAAACUUCAAAAAUUUCAAGAUUUCCGUCACAAAAAUGCUUUUUUUCAAGUCAAUUCAAGCCAUGAAGAACCGAACAUUUUUUUCCAGAUAAUCCGUGAUUUCUUCAAAAAAAUUAAUUUUGUUCCUCUCAAAAUCUUCAAUUUCAGCGUCCUCCAAUCAAAAAGUUUUUUUCAGGAAAAUUAUUGAAAAAAACCUCCAAAAAUCUCCGUUUUUUUAAAUCUCAACAUGGUUCGGAGGUCGCGUAGUGUAAUUUGAUGAACCGGAGCCCAGAAAAAAACUUCAAAAUUUCAAGAUUUCCGUCACAAAAUGCUUUUUUUCAAGUCAAUUCAAGCCAUGAAGAACCGAACAUUUUUUUCCAGAUAAUCCGUGAUUUCUUCAAAAAAAUUAAUUUUGUUCCUCUCAAAAUCUUCAAUUUCAGCGUCCUCCAAUCAAAAAGUUUUUUUCAGGAAAAAUUAUUGAAAAAAACCUCCAAAAAUCUCCGUUUUUUUAAAUCUCAACAUGGUUCGGAGGUCGCGUAGUGUAAUUUGAUGAACCGGAGCCCAGAAAAACUUCAAAAUUUCAAGAUUUCCGUCACAAAAUGCUUUUUCAAGUCAAUUCAAGCCAUGAAGAACCGAACAUUUUUCCAGAUAAUCCGUGAUUUCUUCAAAAAUUAAUUUUGUUCCUCUCAAAAUCUUCAAUUUCAGCGUCCUCCAAUCAAAAGUUUUUCAGGAAAAUUAUUGAAAAAACCUCCAAAAUCUCCGUUUUUUAGGUCUCAGCAUGGUUCAGAGGUCACGUAGUGUAAUUUGAUAAAUAGGAACCCAGAAAAACUUCAAAAUUUCAAGAUUUCCGUCACAAAAUGCUUUUUCAAGUCAAUUCAAGCCAUGAAGAACCGAAAAUUUUUCCAGAUAAUCCGUGAUUUCUUCAAAAAAUUAAUUUUGUUCCUCUCAAAAAUCUUCAAUUUCAGCGUCCUCCAAUCAAAAAGUUUUUUUCAGGAAAAAUUAUUGAAAAAAACCUCCAAAAUCUCCGUUUUUUUAAAUCUCAACAUGGUUCGGAGGUCGCGUAGUGUAAUUUGAUGAACCGGAGCCCAGAAAAAAACUUCAAAAUUUCAAGAUUUCCGUCACAAAAAUGCUUUUUUUCAAGUCAAUUCAAGCCAUGAAGAACCGAAAAAUUUUUUUCCAGAUAAUCCGUGAUUUCUUCAAAAAAAUUAAUUUUUGUUCCUCUCAAAAAUCUUCAAUUUCAGCGUCCUCCAAUCAAAAGUUUUUCAGGAAAAUUAUUGAAAAAACCUCCAAAAUCUCCGUUUUUUUAAAUCUCAACAUGGUUCGGAGGUCGCGUAGUGUAAUUUGAUGAACCGGAGCCCAGAAAAACUUCAAAAUUUCCAAAAUUUCCGCUUCACAAGUCACGAAAAAACAUUUUUCCAGAUAAUCCGCGGUUCCUCCAAAAAGUUCACUCAAAUCAACUCUUUUCGCUCCGAAAUGAUGUUCGUUUGCCUGAUGUUCGACGUGAAAACCCUUCACAGUAAUCAGGCCAAAAUGCGUCAGAUUACCGAUACUCUUUUUCGGGAUCAUUGGGUGGGUUUUCGACUAAUUUCCAGAGUUAAAAUUCCAUAAAAAAAAACUUAAAAAACUAAAAAAUUGAUAGUAAAAACACGAAGAAUUAGGCUUCUAAAGAGGGCCCUUGAAGGUUCCACUUAAGGGACCACUUACGCUUGCAAAAGUGGCCCCUAUAGGGACUUUCUAGUUGUAUAAUGUUGUGAGGUGUAUUAGAAAAAAAAAUUAGCGCUUUCUGUGAAUUUUUAGUCCCUCAUAGAGGCUUUUUUCCCUAACCUCUAUAGGGACCACUCUGGCGUCUUUUUAAACUCUAUUUUUUUAUCUUUUCAAGUUCACCGACUUUCCUGUUUCUGACAACCUAUAUCAAUAUAGUUACAUCAUGUUUUUUUCAAUGAGAGUGUUCCGUUAUGUUUUUAAAAAUCUUACCCGUCUAAAAAUCUAAAAAUCGAAACUAUACAUGAAUAGAAAAGAACUUUGGUGACAACAGAAAAAAUUGAAAAUUGAAAAAAGCGAAAAUCCGAAAAAUGGCGACACGUGUUGUCCAUAGAGCAACUUUACUGCAAAGCGCCCUUUUCGCGUAACUUUCCUUUCUCCGACUUUGAAUUAUUUUUUUUCCAAAACUAGGAAGUUGUGUACGUUUCCAAGUUCACCGUUCGAUUCGCAAUGAUAAACUCUACAAAAUACUGCUUUGAACUGAAACAGUUUGCUGCCCCUAUGCCUUUAAGAGUAAAAGUAUGAAAAUAAGGGUCAUUUUCCAGGUCCUGGCCCUCGGCUACGGCCUAAUCGUGAAUCUAUUCGAUUCCUGGCAGCCGUUCAAAGCGGCAAACACGGCGUUGAACGCCAUCAUCGACAUCAACAAGGCGUCGUCCAUCGCCAGCGAGCAUUACCGCGUCGUCGCCGAGAUCUCUCUUCCUCAGGUACGCGGCGCAGUCGGUAAGAGGCGCGCUCGCCGAGCACAGGGUCGCUGGAUCGGAUCCUCACGGCUGAUGAUAUUUACAAACAAAGCGAACUACAUUGAUCUUAUUUGAACUGUUCUGUGUGAAUAAUUGAGAUCUGAAGCCGUUUUUUUUUUAAAUUUUUGAACAGGAAUUAUCGAUUUUUUCCGUUUAGAUAGCCUAAUUAUAUUUAAAAAUUAUCAUACUGAGGCGAUAUGAAUCCUUGAGUGAAAAAAAUUGAGAUCUGAAGCCGUUUUUUUAAAAUUUUGAACAGGGAUUUAUCGAUUUUUUUCCUUCUAGAUAGCCUAAUUAUAUUUAAAAUUAUUAUUUUAACGCGACUUGAAUCCUUGCGUGAAGAAUUGAGCUCUCUUUUGAACGGAAAAUUAUUCAUUUUUUUAAAGUUUUGUAUUGUAAUGAUCGAAUCGCUUCAGGGCGACAUGAAUCCUUCCCAAUUCUCGCAAAACGUCAAAUUAAUCACGGAAUAUAAUCGAUCGCUACGUUGGCUGGUUCUUCAUUCAUGUUGGUUUCACUAUUAUUUUUUUUUAGCUCAUCAAAGUUUUAGGUCAGUCCAUUAAUUAACCUUUUAGCGAGAAAAAUUGCCGAAAAAAAAUUAAACCCUCUUUCGAUGAAACAGUAAGUUGAUAUAGUCCCAAAAUUUUUUUUCAACAUAUUUUUCAUGAAAUUUUUUUCAAAAAUUUCAGGUUAGUCCUAAAAAUUAAGUUUGUUAUCUGAAAAAAAUCGCCGAUUUGUCAUUUUCUUUGAAUGUUCCUUCGAUGAAACAGUUAGUUGAUCUAGUCACAAUUUUUCUACAUAUUUUUCAUGAAACUUUUCAAAAUUUUAGGUUAGUCCAUUAAUCCAGAAAAAAAUCGCCGAAAAAAGUUUAUUAUUUUUUUCACGUUUCUUCUAUGAAACAGUAAGUUGAUCUAGUCAAACUUUUUUUCAACAUGAAUUUUUGUGUUAUAAGGGUUAAAAAAAUCAAAAAAAUUAGCCUAAAAAAUCAAUUUUUCAAGACGAUAAAUGCUGUGGCCGACGCGGUUUCACAAUGAUGCAGGCGAUGGACGCGGCGAUCCGCUUCGAAAAAGCGGCUUUAGUGGCCGUUUUGAAGAUUGCCAAGUUCGAAAUGGAGUUUUUGAAGGUCCCAAUCCAAAAAUAAUAAUAAUCUUUUAAAAAAAUACUUUCAGACCUACAAAACCCACCUCCAAAAUCGUGAAGAAGCCACGAAAAAGGCGAUUUCCGGAACUUCUUUAUUUCUUACUGAACUCGCCGACAUCUUCGCCCAGGGCUUUGCCUCCCUCAAAGUCGAGAAAAAAGGUCCUGGAUAGAUUUUUAUCGUUUUUGAAUUUUUUCCAAGCUUUAGAGAGGUUAAACGAGUGGUUUUUGGUGUUGAAAAAGGCGGUCGAAGAUUUGGAUGUGGAUAAUCCGACGGCAAGCGUUGAGGUUGUACAGCAGAUCAAGCAGAGGAUCAAUCAGGUGAUUGGAAAAUCAAGUUUUUUGGGGAAAUUACGAGUUUUCAGUGUAAUUUUGAUAGAAAAUGAUGUAAAAUUGGCAUUUUUGAGGGGUUUUGAAAAAUUUUAGACGAGAAAUCUUUUUGAAAGAAAGGUUUUUUCUUUGAAAGAAGACAAUUUUUCCACUCAAAUUAGCGAAAAAAUGAUUAUUUUUCGAAAUUUUUGAGUAAUACAAUGGAUUUUUUUGAUUAAAUUCAACCUUCUGAAGUUUUUGAUCAAGUUUAGUCGAAGAUAAGUCAAAGCGCGAAAGCCGUAUUUGGUCGGGCGCAUUUUGAAGGCUGAGCCAUUCCAAAUGUGACCAAAAAUUGGCAUAAUCUCACGGAAAGUGUUGAUUUUUAUACAGCAGAUCAAGCAUAGGAUCAACCAGGUGAUUGGAAAAACAAGUUUUUUGAGGAAAGUUCAAGUUUUUGAGGUAGUUUUGAUAGAAAAUGAUGUAAUAUUAGCAUUUUUGGAGGUUUUUAAAAUUUUAGACAAGAAAAUUUUCUGAAAGAAGACAAUUUUUCCACUUAAAUUAGCGAAAAAAUGAUUAUUUUUCGAAAUUUUUGAGUAAUACAAUGGAUUUUUUUGAUUAAAUUCAACCUUCUGAAGUUUUUGAUCAAGUUUAGUCGAAGAAAAGUCAGAGCGCGAAAGCCGUAUUUGGUCGGGCGCAUUUUGAAGGCUGAGCCAUUCCAAAUGUGACCAAAAAUUGGCAUAAUCUCACGGAAAGUGUUGAUUUUAUACAGCAGAUCAAGCAUAGGAUCAACCAGGUGAUUGGAAAAACAAGUUUUUUGAGGAAAGUUCAAGUUUUUGAGGUAGUUUUGAUAGAAAAUGAUGUAAUAUUAGCAUUUUUGGAGGUUUUUAAAAUUUUAGACAAGAAAAUUUUCUGAAAGAAGACAAUUUUUCCACUUAAAUUAGCGAAAAAAUGAUUAUUUUUCGAAAUUUUUGAGUAAUACAAUGGAUUUUUUUGAUUAAAUUCAACCUUCUGAAGUUUUUGAUCAAGUUUAGUCGAAGAAAAGUCAGAGCGCGAAAGCCGUAUUUGGUCGGGCGCAUUUUCGGAAGGCCGAGCCAUUCCAAAUGCGACCAAAAAUGUUCAUAAUCUCACGGAAAGUGUUGAUUUUAUACAGCAGAUCAAGCAGAGGAUCAGUCAGGUGAUCGAAAAAUCAACUUUUUCUGGGGAAAAUACGAGUUUUCGAUGUAUUUUUGGAUAAUUUUCGAUAGAAAAUGCUAUUUUGAGGACUUUUCAAAGACUUUGGACGUGUAAACUUUCAAAAUAAGGCUUUUUUAAAUCAUUAGUUAUUGAAAAAUCAAUUUUCAAAUUGAUCGAAAUAUUAGAUUUUGAAAAACUUGUAUAGACUUUUUCGAUAGAAAUUAAUGGAAAAAAAUGGCAUUUUUGAGGAUUUUUUUCAAAAAUGUUAUACAAGGAAUAUUUCGAAAAAAGGUUAUUUUUUUGUAAAUCAGCGAAUAAAUAAUUAUUAUCUCAAAUUCUCCAGCGAAAAAUACGAUUUUUGGUGGUCAAAUUUAAAUUUUUUUGGGCAAGUUUAAUCCGUGAUAAGUUUUUCCUAUACCAAAGCGCGGAAGUCGUUUCUUGGUCGGGCGCAUUUUUGAAACGCCGAGUCAUUCCAAAUGCGACCGAAAGUUUUCAGUUGAAAAUAAUUGUUAUUUAUCCACUAUUCAGUCACUUUUUGUCGUCCCCUGCGAAAGUCGUUUUAGGUCGGGUGCAUUGUUGAGCGCCGUUAGGCGUUGAGCCAUUCCAAAUGCGACCAGAAUGUUUACCUUGAAUAAUUAGAUUAUAUUGAAGUUUAUCACUACUUAAUGUUUCAAUUUUCAUUUUUAUUGAAUAACUUUUUUUUUCAAAAUUUGAUGACCCAAAAAUUUCUCCAACGGAAAGAUGAGCAUGUAAACUUUGUUAAAAUGAUAAAAAUGUUCAAAAUAUAUAUUUUUAGGUCGGCGAAAUGCUGGACCUGAACGGGAAUUUCGCCGUUUCCCAAUAUUUGGAGAAAAUAAAAGGCGAAUUGGACGGCCUUUCCAGUAUUUUACAACUUUCUGAAGACGUCGUGAGAAAUGUUGAAGAUUCCGCCGAUUCCGAUUAUCUUUGGUCGAUGAUUGGUGGGUUUUCAAGGUCCAAAAUGGUCCUGACAAAAAAAAAGCAGCGAUUUUUCGGAAAUUGGUCCAUUAUCAAGACAGAAAUAAUGAAGAUACGAGAAUUUUUUUUCGAGUAAAAGGAUUUUCCUGGCCAUUUUUAGGACGAAAAUGAUGAAUUUUCUCUAAUUUUUUGGAAAAAUUGGACCACUUUUUCAAACUUUAAAAAUUCAUAAGAACUAAUUAAGAACAUGUGGAAAGGAUUCCCCGGACCAAUUUUAGAAAAAAAAGAGAUUCCUUCAAUUUUUCGGAAAUCGUUCCAUUAUCUGGACAAAAACGAUGGAUUUUCCUUUAAUUUUUCGAAAAGUUUACCAUUUUUCAAAUUCACUUUUUCUUCAAAAGUCAUAAGAACUAAUAAAAAACUUAUAAACAUUAUUUUACAGAGCAUUUUCAGGACAAAAAGGAUGAAAUUCUUCCAGUUUUUCGGAAAUUGUUCCAUUACAAGGAUAAAAAUAAUGCAUUUUUCUGUAAUUUUUCGAUAAAUAAAUGAUUUUUCAGCUUAAAAAGUCUUGAGGAUUAUUUUUUCAUCGGUCAGUUACCUUUGGAAAGCGUAGAGAAUCAGAAUUAACAGUUUUAAAUUUUUUUAAAAAGUCAUUAGAACUAAUUUAAAGCUUCUGAAAAUGAUUUUUACAGAUGAAACUCUUCGAAUUUUUUUCGGGAAUUGGUUCAUUAUCGGGAAAAAAAUGAAGAAUUUUUUUUCUUUAAUUUUUUUCGAAAAAGUGUACCAUUUUUUUCAACUUUAAAAGUCAUAAGGUCCUAUCAAAAAAACUAGAAAAAAAGAUUUUCCCGGACUAUUUUUUUAAGACAAAAAAAUAAAGAGAUCCUUUCAAUUUUUUUGGAAAUCGUCCCAUUAUCAGGAUAAAAAAAUCAUGAAUUUUCUCUAAUUUUUUUCCAUAAACGAAUGAUUUUUUUCUAGCUUAAAAAAAGUCAUGAGGAUUAUUUUUUUCACUGGCCAGUUGCCUUUGAAAAGCGUAGAGAAUCAGAAUUAACAGUUUUUUUAUUUUUUUCAAAAGCCGUUAGGACUUAUUUUAAGCUUGUAAAAAAAUGAUUUUACAGGCUAUUUUUUUGGGGCAAAAAAAUAAAGAGAUUUCUUCAGUUUUUCUAAAAUUGGUCCAUUACCAGGAUAAAAAAACGAUGGAUUUUCCUCUAAUUUUUUUGAAAUUGCACUGUUUUUCAAACUUGAAAAGUCAUAAUAACUAAUUAAAAAAAUUUUUUUAAAAAAAGUGUUUUCAAACAACUUUUUCAGUACAAAAAAAUAAAGAGAUUUCUUCAAUUUUUCGGAAAUUGGUCCAUUAUCAGGAUAAAAAAAUGAUGGAUUUUCCUUUAAUUUUUCGAAAAAUGGACUAAUUUUCAAACUUGAAAAAGUCAUAAGAACUAAUAAAAAAACUUGUAAAGAUGAUUUUACAGACCAUUUUUUUGGGACAAAAAAAUAAAGAUAUUCCUUCAUUUUUUUCGGAAAUUGUCCCAUUAUCAGAAUAAAAAAAUAAUGGAUUUUUCUUUAAUUUUUCGAAAAAUGGACUACUUUUCGAACUUGAAAAGUCAUAAGAUUUAAUAAAAGCUUGUAAAAAUUAUUUUGCAAGUUUAAAAAGAUUUGACCAUUUUUUAAGGAUUGAAACUAACAGUUUAUAAUCACAAAAAAUCAUAAGAAAAAAUUAAAAGGAGGUUUUUUCCAGACGAUUGGACCCCUAGAGUGCAGAAACGACUGCUAUCCGCCUCGAAUACCCAGCCAGUUCGGGCCUUUUUUCAUAAAUUGUCCUUGUCUUUGGCAGUUCUGGACCGACGACUCCCUCAAGGACCUCAUUCUGAAGCCGUGAAGUCAGUUGAAAAAAAUGGAACGAUAAUUUUUCAUCUCUAAAAUCAGCGAUUCUUCGAACCCUUCAGACUGCGUCAUAAGUAUUGAUACAACUCUUGAAUUUUAGUAAUGUGAAAAAAACACAUUUUAGUGUUAUCAAUAUGGGGCUCCACUCUAGGGAUCACUUUACCUCCCCCUUAGGGGGCACUGAAGAAGUGGCCCCUCUAGGAAUUUUUCCCAGAGAAAAAUGCUAUCUUUUUUGUCGUGAACUCCAUGAGAAGCAUUUCCAUUUGAAAAAAUCAAUUUUUCCAAGGAAAGUAUCACCAGAGGAUUAGUCGAUCAAAUUUUAUCAAACAAGACUUUUUUAUUUUCAAACCUGAACGAAAAACUUGAGAGAACCCCUAUAGGGACCCCUCAAGCUUUGGGGGCUUCCCUAUCAGACAUUCAACCCCUCUAGGGACCACUUGAAUUUUACCCACAGGAGUUACAAAAUGGCUCCUCUUGAGCAACGUUGUGGAGGACCUAUGGACCAAUUUACCAAGCCCUAUAGGGGCCACUAAAUCCAGCUUGUGGUCUCCAAAGGGUUUUUAGAUAGUGACCCCUAUAGGGGACAUGCUGGUCUAUAAUUGUUAUGAACUAUAAGAGAAGAAGCAUUCAUAAAUAAGCGUUUUUAAAUGAAAAUUGAAAGACCCCUAUAGGGACCACUUGAGGUUUAGGGGCUGCGGGGUCAGACCCUGAAUCCCUAUAGGGACCACUUUUUCGGCCCCCAUAUAGACUGUUCCCCUAACCCCUAUAGGGACCAUUCCAGAAUUCCUAAGCUAGUAGUCCCCAUACGUCGCUUUGAUGAGUCUCCUUAACUUUAAAAUCAAAAAAAGGAAGUUUACAGGACCCUAUAGGGACCACUUGAGCUUGAGAAGCUUAGGAGUCAGACCCUGAAUCACUAUAGAGACCACUUUUUUGACCCCUAUAGGGGCUGUUUAUUCCCCUAACCACUCUAGGGACCGCUCUGGUAUUCCUUAGUCCUCUGUAAAUAUAUGAAAAAAUUCUGAAAGUCCAUGUCUUUUCUAAAAUUAUCUGAAACUGUAAAUUUGUCAGACGAAUCUCCCGGGCCUUCUCAUUCUACCUGGACCGACGUCUCCGGAACAUCCUCCAAUCCGUUCCACACCAUCUUUUCUCGAUUAUGCACGAAAUCGUCGAACCUUCUUUGAAGCACCAAUGGGAACCUUUCUUGGACAAGUCUGAGGUGCAAUAUUCAAAAGAAACCCCCCUAGGAAAAAGGAAUUUUUAGGCCAAAAAACUGGCGGAUUUCGAAGAGAAUUUCCGUCUGGCCGAUGCGACUUACACCAUUUCUAAUAUGAGUGUCGGCAUCUCGAGAAUGGCGCUGAAGAAAGUUGGGACGGUGGAUGUGAAUCCGAAGGUGAGGGGACUUGGUAAAGCUGCCAAAAAGAGUCCCUACAGAUCUUUUUUAUCCCUUUGACAAAAAAAAAGCCGGGAAAACAACAAAAAGAUUUCAGGCGAUUCAGAAAGGAUCCUCUGUGAAAAAAAGCCUAAUAGAUUCCCCCUUAGUUUACUCGGGGAAAGUCAGAAUGAUGGAUAAUGACUGCUAAAAGGGAGAGGCUGCAAAAAGGCCGCAAAAAAACAGCAAAAAGGCAGCAAAAAGGUAGCAAAAAGGUAGCAAAAAGGCCGCAAAAAGGCUUCAAAAAGGCAGCAACAAGGUAGCAAAAAGGUCGCAGAAAGGCUGCAAAAAGGCUUCAAAAAGGCCCCAAAAUGAGUCCCUUUAUCGAGCCUUCCAUUUUUUCUGCUAUUUCAAAGGGUUCAAGGAAUGGUGGAAAAAGGGAGAGGCAGCAUAACAGCCGAUGAAGUGGCGCAAAAAGGCAGCAAAAAAGGAACCUCUGUCACUGAAAAAAGGAACUUUUUUGGAGCCUUUUUCCACCCUUUCCGACUUUGCCUAUGAAAAAGCUCAAGACUUUCCAAAGAACUUUCCUGUUUCACCAAUAAUAUAAAAAAAACUGCAGACUCAAAAAAUGAUUUGAAGAUGCUUUUCAGUCAAGAGAUAUUGAAAAUUUCCCGGAAGUAGCUCUGAAGAUAAAAAGCUCCAGGUUGAAAAGGUCCUAGAAGAAUAAAAACAUUAAAAAUGACCCCUAUAGUGAAAAGUCUUCAAAUAGAGGUUACAAAUAGCUUUGAAAAAUGAGCCUCGAAAGAAUAGCCGUGCAUCAAAAAAAAAGCCCCAAAAAAGUUAUAAAAAUAGCCUCGAGGAAGUUUUUUCUGAAGGAAAUGGUGAAGACAGCGCUGAGUAAAAGUGAAGUUUACCAAAAAUUUAAAUUCAGCUUUGAAAAAUAAAUUUUUUUGUCCAUGGAGCGCGUUUCCGUUGGAAAUUUUGGCGCUCUUGAGUAGUUUUUUUUUCUUUCUUCAUUGGAAUCUACUUGGACCUCGGCGGAGAUUUUGAACAUUUCUAGUGAUAACUUAAGCGUUUUGACGCCACUGAAGUGGUCACUAGAACAAUUUAUCAAUGGGGCGCGUUUUAGUUGGAUAUUUUGGCCUUCUCAAGAUUUAAUUAUAUCUCUUUUCAUUCCAAUCAAACGCGCUCCAUCGAUAAGUUCUAUGAAUCUUUUAAAAUUGAAAAUUCCAGGAACUCCUUGAGGAAGGAAUCCGUAGAGAACUGGCCAAUGAACUUCCCGAUUUGCUGAAAAUCGCCGAAAAAGACCCGUCGCUAAGUGGUUUGAACCCUUUGAAGUCCUCUAAAAAAUCAGUGGAUUUUCUAGAGAUUAUCACGAAAAGCGAGGAGAAGCUCAGAUGCCUCCACACGGCCUUCAUCUACACCUGCGAGCACAUGGACGUGAAUGGACACGAAAUUUGGCGUGAUGAACUGCGACAACUUUGCGUUGUAGUCGCUGAGGAACGUAUUGAAAGGGUCAAGGUAAUACAGAAGUGAAUAAUUGCCGCGGGAAGUGAAAAAAAUUGAAAAAAAUUGAGGAAAGUGCGCUCCAAUGCUAAAAUUAGAAAAAUGAUCAGGAAAGUGCGAUCCAGUGCUAAAAAUUGAAAAUUAGUCAGGAAAGUGCGCUCCAAUGCUAAUAAUUGAAAAUUGGUCAGGAAAGUGCGCUCCAAUGUUAAAGAUUGGAAAAUGAUCAGGAAAGUGCGCUCGAAUGCGAAAAAGUGCAAUAUGUUGAGGAAAAAAAAAAUUGAAGAAUUGAAUUUUAUUCUGGAAAAACUGCCUUCCGCAGUAAAGUUGCUCUAUGGAUAAAGUACAUCGUUAUUUUCAUUUCUUCAAUUUUUUUAUGAUCAUGAUUUGAGCUUUUUCUAUUGCUUCUAAAAUUUGGUCAGAAGGGCCUACUUUAGGGAAAAUUCGACGAAAAAAAGUUUGAACUCCCGCCAAUAAUUGAUUUUGCAGUGAAGUUGCUCCAUGGAUAAAAAUAUUAUUUUUUUUUUCUCAAUCGCUCUCAUGAGUUUUUCUGUAAGGAUAACAGCUUCUGAUUUAUACAGACAUGUUAAAUAUUGGCUUUAAAAAUUUUUUUGAUAGGUAUAUUACGGCUCUCGAUUUUUCUUAAUGGUCCUUGAUCCAUUGGCGAAAAGUAUUUGCUAAGAAAAUCUUUAAAAAAUGAUAGUUUUUCUAGGAAAUCCGACGAAAAUCCACAAUAGGACAAGCAACACUCGACUGUAUCGUGGAUCUAAUGUACAAAUCUACGAAUCCGAGGUGAAAAAUGUAAAAAACUGAGAAAAACCAACGUAAAUCUACAGUACGAGCCGAUAUUUGGACAAUGAAAUGGUCUGGAUCGAUGCCAAAUCCAAAAAAGAACUCCUAUCUUCGCAGGAAUUUAUUGCCGUUGAGGUAAAAUACAAGUUCGGGCUAUAAAAGGCCGCGUUUGGAAUGGCUGAGAUGAUAAUUUGAGCUCGCCCGACCAGAAACGGCUUGCGCAAAAUGAUGGAAAUUACCCGAAAAUUGUCAAAAUUCGGGAACAUUUUGAAUAGUUGCUUAUAAAAUUCUCAAAAAUGCUAAUUUUACUGUGAAAACUAUAGUAGAAAAAGUGGAAAAAAAAAUCGAAAAACGCCAAAAAAUUGAUUUCAACCGCUCCGCGGCCGCGUCGCGUUCAUCCAGUCCAAAUGCGGUCAUUUUCGGAAACCCCUGGGCUUUUUUGAAGCAAAAAAUAUGGGAAAACUUGAAAUUUUUAGAAAAUGAUCCCUUGCCACGCUUUGACGGCCUUUGACCGAGUUCUAGCCCACGAUCUUCAGCAAACUCUUCAUGGUGGGUUUGAAAAGGAACUAUACGUUUCAGGAGAAGUUUAAAAGGAAUUAGUGACUUUCUUCCAGUUGAUUUGAUUGCUUUCCAGUUGUGAAAAUUGUGUAUUGAGCUCUUUUUUUGAGAAUAAAGGGGCGGAGCUUCUCGGCGACCCUCUCAAUUUGAAGUGCUCUUUUUAUUUUUGUCUGACCUUGCCGGUGAGGGAACAGAGAGACGCAGACAAAUUCCAGAGUGGUCCCUAUAGGGGUUUAUGGUCUGACCCCUUGGCCCUCAAAGCUCAAGUGGACCCUAUAGGGGUUAGGGGCCGAAAAAGUAGUCACUAUAAAGGUUAGGGUCGAAAAAUGGUCCCUAUAGGGUAAAACUGAAGUACUCCCACCGAAGUUUAGGGUCUGACCCUUGAGCCCCUAAAGCUCAAGUGGUCCCUAUAGGAGUCUCUCAAUUUCAUUCAAAAAGCGCUUUUUUAUUCAUUUUUUCCUAUGCUUCUUCGCUUAGAGUUCAUAAAAAUUAUCGACUUGCAUGUCCCCUAUAGGGACCACUCUGGAGCUCCCAAGGACUAUAAAAAUCCUCUUUUUCGAAGAUUUUUAGAACUUUUGAAGGGUCGACAAGCUAAAAUCACAAUGAAAAUUGACUUUUUUUUGAAUAUUUCCUUUCAGAAAACCUCCGCCAAUGGCGCACCGUCCUUUCUAACGUCACGGGCCUCCCGAAUUCGGAAAUCGGCCCGGAUUCGGACUAUUUCAAGACGAAUCACUUUGAACAACUGAACAAAGUGAUUUAUGCGAAUUCCGCGACUCUUGCUGGGCAAAUCGCCAAGGUUUGAGGCUUUUUAUAAAGAGAAAAUAGAAAAUAUAAGAAUUUUAUCAGUUAGAAAGAGUCUAAAGGAUUCAGUGUACAAAUAAGUGCCGAGAUAAGAGCGAUAUCGCUCGCGACAUCGCAAAAGUCCUGCGUUGUAGCCGCGCAUGUAGCUUGCAUGUUUCUUUUUCAGCGCUCUUUUGAAAUUUUGCGAGAGAAAUACAAGGUCGCGUCAAUGAAAAUGCGAGAGCGGCGAUAAAGCGAUCCAUUCGCGAUAUCGCCAUCGACAUCGCUUUUAUCUCGCGACGCACUUGGAAGAUCUUCUCAGUGUUUAUAAUAACGCGUUUUUUGGAAUAUUAAAAAAUAAAAAGACCUUUUUUCCACUUACCUAUGUUUUCUAGAACAGUCAUAAAGCAUUCAAAAAAAUUUCGUUCCAUUGAAUUUUUAGCCUUGAUUUAGAUCACUAGAUUUUUCAUUUUCAGACUUUUUUUUUCCAAAAAUGAAAGUUCAGAUUGGCCAAAUCAUCCUGCUACGCAAGCAUAUCAAUGAUACGAAAAGAGACGGCGGCAGAAGACGGGCGGCCCCGAUUUUCGAGUCUCUGCAGGCUUGUAACAGGUUGGGAAUUGCCUAUGAUUGAAAAAAAAAAAUCGAAACCUUUUUUGUGAAGAUUUUUGUUCAAAUUAUGGUUUUUUCAGUGUCAAAAAUAUUUUUUCCAAGGCAUGAGUUAAUAUUUCGGCCAUUUAUUUGGUGGAAACCAUGCUCUAUUGCAAAUAUCACUUCAAAGUUUUUUUUUUGGCCGGAAGAUCCCAUACAAAUUCGCUCUACAGAUAAUUAUUAAAAUUCGCUCAUUUCUGUCGAUUUUUCCGCGGAAAACGCGCCCUAUUGACAAUUUUACUGUCAGUUUCCUAAUAAUGGGGGGUAUUAAGUCGGUUUUUGUUAGAUUGGCCAUUUAUUCGAUGGAAAUCGUGCUCUAUCGCUAAUAUUAUAACAAAUCAUAUUUUUUUAGGCCUUUAGGAUAAAUAUUCAAAAAUUCAUCUGUUUUUGUUUCCCCCUUGAAAUGCGUUCUAUUGACAACUUUACUCUCAUUUUUGAAUUUCCCAGGGUCUUAAAUUAAUUUUGUUGGAUUGGCCAUUUUUUCGAAGGAAAUCAUGCCCCACCGCUAAUUCCUCUUUUUCAGCGCCCUACUCGCCAAAACUUCCGAUCUGCCCAGUUCAAUCGAAGCCGUGUGCAACCUGCUGACGGCCUGCUCGCUUUUCAACCCCCAAAGGGUCCACUUUGUCAUCCCUCACUCCCUGGCAGCCGUCCAAAUCUCUACCCCGAUGUUUUUGCUCCAUGCGACGGUUGCGUCGAAGUUGGGAGGUCAGAAACCGGAAAAUGAUGUAUGAAAAAAAUAUUGCAUUUUUGACGGUUUUUAUCGUGACCGGGUAAAUUCCUAGACCUCUAGCUCAUUAUUGUCCCAGAAAACUUAGGAUGAACAUUGAAGACGGCAGAAAAUCCGCUUUUUUGACGGUUUUAGAACGUAAAUCACAAGAUUAUCAACAGAGCAAACUUUCAUCAUAUUUCCAGAAUUUUUUUGGCGAUUUUUGCUAACUUCCAAAUUUCAGGAAGCCGAAAAGACUCCCUCUGCAGCACCUCCUUCAUUCUUGGCGUCGAAUUCGCCCUACGGCAAAUGAAAUCCGUCCAGGGAUUCGUUUCUACCGCCAACGCCUAUUAUGGACAUCAAAUGUCUCUACCGAAAAAGUACAGAUUGGCCCAAGAUCCCCGUGACAUUGCUAACGAUGUCGUCAGUGUUGCUUAG